AUGGCUGUGCGUGUAUUUCCAUGUCUGUCUGUGGGCGCGGUGGGUCUGGCCGUCUCUGUGGUGUGUAAUGUGGUGCAAUGUCUCCCUCUGCUGGCCUCUGCACCAUUCCCAUCUGAGCUGGAAAUUCAUCGACGCACUCACACUGGGGAGAGACCAUUCACCUGCUCCAAAUGUGGGAAGAGAUUCACUCAGUCUUCUCACCUGCAGGCACACCAGCGAGUUCACACAGAUAAAAGACAUUUUAAAUGCCCAGACUGUGGAAAGUGCUAUAAAAGUUCUGGGGAACUGAUACGUCAUCGACAUGCUCACACUGAGGAGAGACCAUUCAGGUGCUCUCAUUGCGGAAUUUGCUUCAGACGAUCAUUUCAGCUCAGUAUACACCAGCGUAUUCACACUGGGGAGAGGCCGGUCAGCUGCUCUGAUUGUGAGAAAGGAUUCAGUCGGUUAACCGAUCUGCAGACACACCAGCGAGUGCAACUGGAGACAGACCAUUCCCCUGCCCUGAGUGAUUCAUCAGCGCAUUCACACUGGAGAGAAACUGUUCACCUGCACUGAAUGUGGGAAAGGGUUCAUUCAAUCAUCCAGCCUGCAGGUCCAUCAGCGAACUCACACUGGUGAGAGACCGUUCCCUUGUCCUGAGCGUAGGAAGGGCUUCAGUACUUUCUCAUAUGUGC